AACAAGAUGAGUGUUUUUCCAAAUAAAUUUGUCAAUGUGUAUCAAGUGGCUGCAGUUUCACUACUUUUGUUACUUUUACAAGAUGGAUUAGCAAUACCAGUGUGCUACGAAACUCAAUCAUAUUAUAUUUCUGAAGCUUAUAGAGCAGAAAAAACUUGUUAUACUUCUACAACAUAUGUAUGCAUCAUUAGAGUGAGAUGGAGAGGCGUACGUUUGGUAUAUUGCAGCAAAAAUAGAGGUUAUACUUGCUACUUUACCGGCUACAAAAAAAAAUUAGCAACACGGUUGAUUGCAUCUUGUUGCUCUCAGUUUACUGGAAUAUAUCCAAAUUGUGAACCAAUAUGUAAUCCACAAUGUAUUAAUGGAAGGUGUGCUUUUAAUGAAACAACUGGAAGUAAUUAUUGUACAUGUAAUGCUGGAUGGACUGGAGAAACAUGUGACAAUGAUAUUAAUGAAUGCUUGUCUGGUACAAAACUUUGUCAUGAUCUUGCAGAGUGUGUGAACACAAAUGGUUCAUAUGAAUGUCAGUGUCAGUCAGGUUAUGAGCUUGAUACUAAUGGUUUUACUUGUGUUGAUUCAAAUGAGUGCACUGAUGGGAGUAAUACUUGUCUAGAUGAUAUCUACUGUCAUAAUACUGUUGGUAAUUACUACUGUUCUUGUCCUUCUGGUUACUUGAAAGAUGCAACUGAUCCACACAAAUGUCAUGACAUUGAUGAAUGCAGUAGUGGGAAUGGUGGUUGUCAACAAAUUUGUGUGAAUACAAAUGGGAGCUAUCAUUGUACCUGCCAGACUGGAUAUAGUUUAAAUACUGAUAAUUCUUCUUGCAUUGAUAUUAAUGAAUGUAUUGAAGGAACUCACAACUGCUCUAUUGCCAGCAAUAACUUCUGUGUCAAUACAAUUGGGAGCUUUAGAUGUCAAUGUAAUGAGGGAUAUGAUAAUAAAAGUCCACAAGAAGCUUGUACAGAUAUUGAUGAAUGUUCCUUUCAAAAUGGAGCUUGCUCUCAGAUAUGUAAUAACACAGUUGGAAGCUACUUCUGUUCAUGUUCAGCUGGUUAUCAAUUGCUAGGUACACAUAUUUGCCAAGAUAUUGAUGAAUGCCUUAGUGAUCAUGGCUGCCAACAAGUAUGUGACAACUUGCCUGGAAGUUAUAAAUGUAACUGUGUCCUUGGUUAUAUUCUAAACAAUGAUCUUAUCUCCUGCAAACUUCAAGAGUGUUCACCAACACUAACAGUGCCAUUAAAUGGCAACUUAUCUUGUCCAAAUGGUCAAGUGACGAACACAUCAUGUGAUACAUCAUGUGAUGCAGGAUAUGAACUCACUGGACCAGCAGAACGUACCUGUCAACCUAAUGGCUCAUGGACAUCUCCUCCUGCUAGAUGUACACCAAUGAAGUGUCCAGAAUUGGAACAACCUAAAAAUGGAUACAUUAGAUCACCUUGUCCUGAAACUUAUGGAUCAACAUGCUCAUUGCAGUGUGUCUAUGGAUUUGAAGCAGCAAAUGGAAGCACAUCAUUUAAUUGUGAAUUGACUGCUGACAAGAAUAAUGUAGAGUGGACUGAGUUUGGUACUUGUCAAAGUAAGUAA